AAACAAAGAAGCAAAACAAAAAACAAAAAUAUGGCAUUUCCGUAAUUAACAACUAAAACGAAACCUUUUUUCACAGUCCAAUUCCUUUUAAAUACAAAUCGAAAUUGCCACCUCUCACCUAAACCGCAACUAGCCCGUAUCCGGUGACCCUCUGUUCUUACGGGCGAGCGAGUCCAUCUCACAAACAAAAAAAUUACAAUCCACAAAAAUUCAUAAAAACAAGAAUCUUGAUCUGAUAAAUUUUUGAGUGCAAAAAUUUGAGUUUUAAUGGCGUCGGAAUUAAUAUUCAGAGGCCACGAUGACGAGGCACAUCACACGGCUGACAAUUACUCACCAAAACCAUCGAAACGGUGGCUGUCCGUCCCCCGUCCGAUCAACUACGUGCUCCGGGAGCAGCGUCUCGUGUUUGUCCUCGUCGGCAUUGCUAUCGCUACGCUUUUCUUCACCGUCAUCCCUUCAACGUCAUCACCAGGUGCUGCACUACCAUACGCCAGCUACGAACGCCACGAUGCGAUCUCGUAUUUCGAUUCAGUGCCAGCUAGACAAAAAUAUUACGAGCCAUUAUUGACCGGGUCAAUGAAUUCAGGCGGCAAGAUUCCGUUGGGAUUAAAACGGAAAGGGUUAAGAAUCGUGGUAACGGGCGGGGCGGGGUUCGUCGGGUCGCAUUUAGUGGACCGGUUGAUUGAACGAGGCGACAGUGUGAUAGUAGUGGAUAAUUUUUUCACCGGAAGAAAAGAGAACGUGAUGCACCAUUUUAAAAACCCGAGAUUCGAGCUAAUCCGACACGACGUCGUUGAGCCGCUAUUACUGGAGGUUGACCAGAUCUAUCACUUGGCUUGCCCUGCAUCGCCGGUUCAUUAUAAGUUUAACCCGGUCAAAACCAUUAAAACCAAUGUGGUAGGGACUUUGAAUAUGUUAGGGUUAGCUAAACGAGUCGGUGCUAAAUUCUUGCUGACCAGUACCAGUGAGGUUUACGGUGAUCCGUUACAGCAUCCUCAGGUCGAGACCUACUGGGGCAACGUUAAUCCAAUCGGUGUCCGAAGUUGCUACGAUGAGGGAAAAAGGACAGCUGAGACAUUGACAAUGGAUUAUCACAGAGGAGCAGGUGUUGAGGUAAGAAUUGCUAGAAUUUUCAACACUUAUGGGCCCCGUAUGUGCAUUGACGACGGCCGUGUCGUUAGUAACUUUGUUGCUCAGGCACUGAGGAAGGAACCUUUGACUGUUUAUGGUGAUGGGAAGCAGACAAGAAGUUUCCAAUUUGUUUCUGAUUUGGUUGAAGGUCUGAUGCGCCUUAUGGAAGGUGAACACGUGGGACCUUUCAACCUUGGUAAUCCUGGUGAAUUCACCAUGAUUGAGCUUGCCCAGGUGGUCCAAGAAACCAUUGAUCCAAAUGCAAAAAUUGAGUUCAGGCCAAACACAGAAGAUGACCCACACAAGAGAAAACCUGAUAUUACAAAGGCAAAGGACCAACUUGGUUGGGAACCCAAGAUAUCCCUCAGGAAGGGUCUUCCAUUAAUGGUUUCAGAUUUCAGGCAACGUAUUUUUGGUGACCACAAGGAAGAUAGCAGCACCGUGUCAACGGCUUAAGUUGGCAUUUUCGUCUUUUUGUUUUACUCGAGCAGCAGCAGAAAAGAUAGAUAAUUAUUUGGUAGAUAACCAAUGUCUUUGCUCUUAUCACAUCAACAAUUUAGUUAUGGCGGCGACAGCAGUAGAUAGCUAAUUGAAGCUCCUUUAUUCUACAGAAAUCGAUACGAAGGUGUUCCUUUAGCAUUUCGCAGUCAGCUUCAUAUUUUCAAUGUUUGAUUUUAUUUUAAUUUUCUUUUUGAAGGAUAAUAGACAGCGAGCCUUGCAAUUAAAGUUACUUCUACUCUAAUUUUGAUGCAAAUGGUAUGUUUACUGUUCA